AUGUCAAUCGGCUGGGCAGUGCUCUGGGCAGAGCUAGUGGAACUGCUGAACACGCUCUACUCGGCCUUUGAUGAGGUGAUCCUUGAUUGGGGCCUUCACAAAGAAGUGAUCGGGGACGCCUACUUCAUUUCAUCUGGCUGCCCAGUGACUGAGGAUGAGAAGGCAGCGCCUGACCAGUUCGCCAUGCGCGCGGUGGAGGUGGGCCUUGCACUGCAGCGAGUGGUGCCUACCGUGUGCGACGACAACUCGGUGCAGAUGCGAUGUGGCAUCCACAGCGGCAACGUCAUCGCCGGGGUGGUGGGUAAGAAAGGACCUCGGUACCACCUCUUCGGGCCGAGCGUGGAGUUUGCCAACUUGAUGGAGAGUACUGGGAUCCCCACAAGGGUGCAGAUUAGCAGCGCCACAAAGGCGUGGCUGGACUGUGGAGGACACGACUACGACUUCGAGGAACGGCUCGUUGAGAUCAGUGGCGAAGAGCACAAGACUUUCCUGGUGAACAGGAGCAAGUCGCGGGCAGCUCGGCAGAUUCGCACCGCCCUGGCGAUGCACCGCCAUGAUCAGGCGACGGUGACUGGGGACAAGCACCCCAGACCGGCGAAGUCGGGGUCCAUGCUUUGA